AUGAAGGCUUUCACUCAUGCUAUGCAUGCCUUUUCCGACGGCGUAGAAGCCGCAGCGCACGUUGUGGACGCUGCGGUUCAUGUUGCGGACGCUGCGGCCCAUGCCGUUGAGGCUGCAGUCGAUGUGGUCGAUGCUGUGGUUGACACAGUGGUCGAUGCUGUGUCCGACGUCCAACGCUCCCCCAAUUCUACGACUUCAAACUGCGCAGCCUCCUUCGAGGAAUACUCCGAGGCUGAUGGUAGAGGGGCUGAUGAUCAGGACGCGCUGGACGAGUACGACUAUACGCCCCAAGCCGUUGAAAAAAUUGUCGAAGUCGAAUAUAUACAAGUGUCGUCCAGCGGCUCCGCGGUUGGGAUUGAGAUCGAGGAUGAAGAUCCGGAAGAGCCUGACGAGUAA